GUAGACGCCGGGCGUUGGAGGGGAGUGUACACGCACGACUGUUCUCUCCCUCUCUCUCCUCUCCUCUCUUCUCUCGCUCGCUCUCUUUCUCUGUUGCGAUCUCAAGGAUUUUUGGAAAUAUCACAGUGCAUUGAGAAUGGACGUGUCAACCACUGGUGCUUAUUGAUAAGUGAACGAGUUUAUAGAAUUUUUUGAAAAAUUACUAAAAAUGUUGUGAGUGAAAAAAAUAUAUAUAUAUCCGUUUGUGUGUGCCUAGUGGAUAUACUUCAGAUAUAAUCAAUAUUUAUAUAUUAUAGCAGUAUAUGAGUGGCAAAAGAAGUCGAUCGUUCAAAUGUGCCGUACAUCAAAGAGAUCGUCAGGUGAGCUCUGAGACUGACUUCCACCUCCUGCUUCACGAACCUCCCAUCUUUAACAAAAUGGUUCGUCUCAUCGCGGACGAGUUUUUAACGGAGGAACGAGACAGAAAGUAUUAUGCCGACCACUACAGGUGCUGGCCGCCGCCUCUCUUCGUUAUCGCUGUCACUCUCGUACAGUUAGGAGUGUUUGCGUAUUACACGGUGACGACGGGUGAAAUGAACGUGGCGGGUCCCGUUGCUGUCGACUCUCUUUUUAUAUACAGACCUGACAAGCGGCAUCACGUCUGGAGGUUUAUAUUCUACGCCUUCCUACACGCAGGGUGGGUGCACUUAGCGUUCAACUUGUUGGUGCAACUGUUGGUGGGCCUGCCACUGGAGAUGGUACACGGGUCUGCACGUAUAGGAACCGUGUACCUAGCAGGGGUUCUGGCCGGCUCGCUGGGCACCUCUGUCUUCGACGCCGACGUCUACCUGGUGGGGGCGUCCGGAGGCGUGUACGCCCUGUUGGCAGCGCAUCUGGCCAACGUACUAAUAAAUUAUAACAACAUGCAGUUUGGCAUCCUACGACUCAUCGGCGUAUUCUUUGUAGCGAGCGCCGAUGUGGGUUUCGCCAUCUACGACCGGUACGCUCACGAGACUGUGGGACUCCCGGUGUCCUAUGUGGCUCACCUUACUGGGGCGUUAGCGGGGCUCACACUCGGAUUAGUAGUUCUCAAGAACUUCGAGCAGCGUCUUCAUGAACAGCUCCUGUGGUGGGUCGCCCUGGGAGUUUAUGCGGCGUGUACGCUCUUCGCCAUGUUGUUUAACCUGUUCCACCCUUACCCGUACGAAGGUGUCGCCCAGGGCCUGCUGCUGUAGGUGCAACCCAACAGGACUUGCUCCUGUAUGGUGUUCCUUAGGACCGGUUCCUGUAUGGUGUUCCUCAGGGUCUACUGUUAUAGGUAUUCCUCAAGACCUGCUCUUGUACGGCAUUCCUUAGGACCUACUCCCGUAUGGCGUGUCUCAGCGCCUGCUACUGUAGGUAUAGCCUAGGGAGUUCUGUGGGCGAUUGUGGAGUGGUGAGCCUAGGAUGAGGCUGUUCCGAGUGUGCUGGGUUGGCUGCCGUUCUUCAGAACCUCCUGUGCUAGUAUGCCAUCUCCGCCGAUAAGGAGAUGCCAGUAUUAGAGGUUUCAACGGUUUAUAGACGCGAGGUUCGGCUCCAACCCCCCCGCUAACCCCCAUUGAUGGUGCUGUGACUCAAGCCAAAGUUAGUCCGCUCAUACUGGUGAAACUGACUUAGUGUAAGGACUCUUAAAUCAAAGGUAUUGAGCCUACCUUUUUAACUCAGAGAGAAAAAGAGAGAUUGUUAUUUAUUAGUGUCAUAGAUCUGCUUGUACAGUUUUACAUUAAUUAUAUUCCAUGCUUGUUUUUAUAUAUUAUACCUAGUCAAACGAACAUUUCCAAAGGAUUUUUUCUUCUCUACCUCUAUUUAUUCUUAUUACGACUGGCUAAUGUUAGUGUCCAGUCGCUGCUCUAGUCUCGGAUUUCCCGGGGAGGUGAAAACAUAUGUUAGAGGAAGGUAUCGCUCCCUUCAAGGUUAUAGUCUCAAGUCAUUCUUAACAUUGCUGGCUAGCCGGCCAGGUGGAGGGAGGGAGGGGCGCCACUGUCAGUUUCCUCUACUAUUCCACUGACCUGUACUCGGGUCACAGAUAGUGGGCUUUAUCGCCCUGGACCACGCUAGUCGGCUUGGCUUUUUGCAUUCAUAGUCCAUUCCUUAUAUUGUUUGAAACUUUAAAUAUUUAUAGGCUUUGUGAAGGAUUUUUUCCUUGCUAUGUUCAUUUGGUUUCUAGUCUAUUUUUCAUGAAGUCUUGACAAUGUUAAAGUUUUUCAUAUUGUUUCCUAUUUCAGUCGAUUUCCUUCAAUUUACUGUCCUAAAUGUAUAGAUGACAUAGAUGUAUGAUGUAUAUUUUUACGUUUUGUAUGUUUCUACAUGUCCAAAUAUUGUGUAAGAAGAAUGUUAUUUAUAUCAGUAAAUUCUUUCUAUAAAAUUUA